AUGGGUAAACCAAACGAUUUCAUGGUUUAUAUGCCAACAAGCAGUUCUUGGAGGAAAGGCUCAGCUCUGCUAAUCAACAACAUUAAAUUUGACCGUAGUGAGCUCAACAGGCCCGGGGCAGAGAUAGAUGAGGAGAACAUGGAGUGGAUGCUGAGAGCUUUGGGUUACAGCGUUGAGAAACACACAAAUCUCUCUGGAGAUGCAAUAAAUAGAGCAGUCAAGAACUUCUCUAAACGUUAUGAACAUCAAAACUCAGACAGCACCUUUGUGGUCAUCAUGUCCCAUGGGGACAGAUUUGACAAUAAAGAUGCCAUUUUAGGUGUCCAUUAUCAGAGAAAGAACCCAAGUGAUUACUUCUUUGUUGAGAACAUCUUCUCCCAUCUGAACUCAGUCAAUUGUUCUGCUCUGAUUGAUAAACCAAAGGUUAUUCUCAUUCAUGCCUGCAGAGGAGGUGAUGAUGGAGGUGUGUAUGUUAGUGACAGUGCAUUUGAAUCAGACUCCUGGGUUCACAAGGAGAAAGACUUUGUCUGCUUUAUGUCCAGCCUCCCUGAUGUCUGUGCAUACAGGAAUCCUCACAAUGGAAGUUAUUUCUUCAAUUACAUAGUGGAUGUGUUCACUACAAGCGCUCAUAAAUAUGACAUUAUGGAGUUGUUCAGGAGGAUCGCCUCACGCAUGGAGAUUGACCCACGUUUCACACACAAUGAGAAACUGUUGCCGUGUAUCGAAAGGACGACCCUUGUAAAGAAAUUCUACCUGUUCCCUGGACUCUAAUGAUGUAAAAUCAGUUUAGAGGAAGAAUGCUAAAGGUGAAUGGGGUAAAAACUAGAAACAUCACUAUACUUCCUCAGUUGAUUAAUCACAGUACUU